AAACGCGACGCUCCAACCAAUGCUCCUGAUCACGUGAUCCGUGGAAGUUACAGCCGGGGGAGAUGGAGGAAUAUGCCCGGGAACCUUGCCCUUGGCGAAUUGUGGAUGACUGCGGUGGUGCCUUCACGAUGGGGUUGAUAGGUGGGGGAGUCUUCCAGGCGGUGAAAGGCUUCCGCAAUGCCCCAGUGGGUGUCCGGCAUCGGUUCAAAGGCAGCGUCAACGCUAUCAGAGUCAGGGCGCCACAGAUCGGAGGCAGCUUUGCAGUGUGGGGCGGGCUUUUCUCCACCAUCGACUGCGGCCUGGUGAAGAUGCGGGGCAAGGAGGACCCUUGGAACUCCAUCACCAGCGGGGCACUCACUGGGGCUGUGCUGGCCUCACGCAGUGGGCCACUGGCCAUGGUCGGUUCAGCUAUGAUGGGCGGAAUCCUGCUUGCCCUAAUAGAAGGCGUUGGGAUUUUAUUAACAAGAUACACAGCCCAGCAGUUCCAGAACCCCAAUCCCUUUGGAGAAGACCCCGGUCAGCUGCCUCCCAAGGAUGGCUCCUCAACCACAGGAUACCCAGGCUAUGGACACUAUCAAUGAAGCUGUGUGGGGCUGGAUUUCCUUCAGGUUUUUUUGUAGGGGCAGGGCAGAAGCUUCCUUUGGAAGAUACUCCAGGCCGUUACUCAAUAACACAAAAAUGCAUUGGA